CUUUUCCUAGUUUUUUGUUGUUUGUUUCCUCUUUACAUUCGGCACUUGCAGAAGGUUACAUACGGACGAGUUGUUUUAUUUUGCAAGACUGGACGAUAACUGGAGAGUGCCUAAGUUCGCCUCCAUAUCAAAAGCGAUACAUUGUAGCUGUGGACAAAGAGCGCUGUAUAUAGUUUAGCAUUUUGCAGUAUCUCGCGGGCCCCUUUUCAAUUCAUUCGUUGCAAGCAAAAUACGAAAAUCUUUGCAUAAAGGCCGGGUGAAAAAGCCAUCGCGACUCAUGCUCAAGUCAUGAUCACACAUGUUGAUCCUAAACACCAAAACUUGGACGACAGCCCCUCUAUACAAAAACACGGAUACAGUAGAUCUGCGCAUUGUCGGACUGGUGGUGCUGCUACUCAGCGUGGCGUCUCGGUCGACAUGGAUCGGAAACAGGGCCUUGUACGGGAAAUUGUGGUGAACCCAGAUGGAUCGUUGGGGGAGAGCGUUUUAGUGCCUAAACCUUUGGGCAUACAUGAGGCAGACCUUUUAGUUGAUGCAAGACAUAUACCCGCCGAUUCGGCAGCCUUGAAUUCUGUACAGAGUCUUGGUCGUCCGCGCCAACCUUCUCGGUCUCCUCACACGACGCCCGAGACCUCAAAUGGCGCCCACGCCCCGGAUAAUAGACGAAGAUGGCAGGAAAGAAACCUCAAUGGCCAGAUAAUGCAAGCUAGAUUGAAGCCUUCACCGGGAUCGAUUGUUACGGCUAAAUCUCAAGCAUCCCCGUUUUUGGACUCGGAUUCGGAUGUUUCGCCCAUGUCCGCCAUUCCACCCAUUUCGGAAUCGGAUGUAUCCUCUGGGACAUCCGAUCGAAUACCAAGUGCUGGUGCACUCGAGUAUACCAUCCCAAGAACAGUGUCUCAAACAGCACCACUCGGAACAGCCACGGAUGGGUGUGGCGCAUUGAGCAAAUCCGACAAUGGACUGACAGAUUCGACUGCAUCUAUGGCGAGUGAGAACCUUGGACACUUGAAGCGGUCUCGACGUGGUGUACAGCAAAGUUUGCCACAUUCGGAACCGGCUCGAGGUCCUUCUCGGAGGUUGCGAAAUUUGUCUGAUCCUGCUUCCCCUCCUUUACCCGGUUUCCCGUCGAAAAGAGAAAAAUUGGGGAAUGUAACUAGUCUGCGACAUCAAGAAGAGUGUACGGUUAGUUCGGGAUCCGAAGAGCACCCCGCUCCGACCGCAACACCCUCUACAUCUACCUCAAGACCGCCAGGGAACCAAAAGCCAAACAAGCCCAAAGAACCACCAACUACACCUGCCAAUACGGAUGUCAGAGACGAUACACUUGGGGACGCAGAGAACACAUCAACGAAACGCCCAAAAUCAUCCAAAAAGUCCAAAACAAACUCUAGUAAGACGGAAACGGGGCCUACCAAGUGGAAUGGGGUGUAUGUUCCUGCUGGGCUUGCGAAUCCAUUUGCAAAGCGCCCCGUAUCGGGUGGACGGGAGGAUAUGGAACUUUCGGGGGAUGUAGAUAUGAUACGGUUUGGAAGGGUGGAGAAUGAGAGUCUUUUGCCUGAAGGAGUUCAUCAGAGCUCAGAGAUGUCUAGGCGCGAUAGUUUAUCCAAUGGCACAGGCCCCCCAAGUGACACCUCAACCGUUCGAAGUGUGAAGGAUGCAGGUGGUAGCUCUCCGCCGAGACAUUCUUCCCGCUUGGGUGUUGGGGAGAAAGAUACUGAUGAGCUAAAGACACAGCACAACGAUGACCACUGCUCUGCGUGCUUGGGUCGUGGUCGACUACUCUGUUGUGAUUCUUGUCCGAGGGCAUUCCAUUUUCAUUGUGUAGAGGAGGGAUUUGAAAGUGUUGAGGAUGUGCCGGAGGAAAGUUGGGAGUGUAGAAAUUGUCGUGCUAAAAAGCGACGAGUGGCACUGGGUAUGAGCAAGAAGGGAAAGAAACCCCGACCAUCACUACCCCCGUUUUCCGGCACGCCUACAACAAAGACGGGGAUCUUUGAACCGCUCCUACAAGCACUCGACGGAAUGAAUCCCAGAGUUUUUGAGCUACCCCGAGAGAUUACAACGAGUUUUGAAAAUGUUUUUGCGCAUCCCAUUACAGGGGCUUUUGUAGAUACCCGCGAGAUUGAAGUUGCUCGACAUGGCAAAUCUCUCAAACCCAGUCGCAAGGGGAUUGUCACAGGUGCGGGCACCGUAGUAGGAGAGGGGCCCAUUGAAACUCGACGACCUGGCGAACUGCACUGCUGCUUCAAAUGCGGCAAGACUGGGUUGAAAAUCAUACAAACCUCGUUUCUGUCAUCCCAUUCUGUCCCUCAACCCCGAUCUUGCUUUGGUCGACCUCAAGCCGUCCGAACGGAGCUCGUGAAAUGCGACUAUUGUCCCCUUUAUUGGCAUUUGGACUGUCUGGAUCCGCCUUUGACUGGCGUUCCCCCCGAACUGAAAGAGGAUGAAAAAGAAGUAGUGGACGUUGGAACGUGGAAUCAAUUGAGGAUAAGAACCUGGGGACCGAGCGCAGCGUUAGAAAUGGAUGGACUUGAAAAGACCAAACCAAACAAACCGCGAGCAGAAAUUGGUAAUGUACAAAAUGGGGAAGAGGAUGGUGCGUCUGGAAGCAAAAAGAGUACACAAGCUUCUGGCCGCGCGGAGGCGGGUAUGAUUCAGCUGAGGAAAAAGUGGAUGUGUCCUUGUCAUGUGGAUUGGUCGUUGCCAAAGUUGAGGAUAAAUAGUGGGUGGAAGUGGGUUGAGGUUACGGUGGACGACAACAAGUCGGAAGAAAAAGCCGUGACUAAAGCUGUGACUCCGAGCAAACGAUCGGCAGAGGGAAUUUCGGAGGGAAAGGGCCAUGCGGAUCCUUUGGGUUCUGCCAAGAAGGUCCGUACUGGGUCAGUAAACUUGAGUAGCAAAGACGUGGAAGAUGGCCACAGCAAGAGCAAAAGUACACCAGUGGUAAAGAAAGAGACGACUCAACCGGACCCACACCCAAAGAUAAUCACAAACGUCAGUCGAAACAAUGGAUACAUUGAAGUUAUUAACGACCCGGCAACGAAUGAUCACUACUCGGGCUUUUCACCCUUUAAACCCAAGCGCCAACAAAAACGCAAGGAACGUGAUGAAGAAGAGCUGGAAUUUGGUGGCGUCAAGUACCGGUUACCGGAACGCCGCAUCAAACUCGACUUUAUCGACCGCGUACACAGCUUGAAAGACCUACGCACCGACGACCGAGUUCUAAACGACAAGAAAGUGGUACGCAGGAAGGUGAACGGCGAGUGGGAGUUUGAUAGCGAAUGGCUCGAAGGCAAAUUUGGAGCUGUUGGACGGAGCUUUCGUAGCAGAAUUGGAGAGCUGUACCAUUCUCAGAACGUGGAGGCUACAUUUGGUGGGAGUGUGCUCGGAUAUGCCGCCGUUGUUGCGGAACCCGGGGUUGCGGAGAAAUAUGCGGGGGAAAUGCGGGCUACGGAUGAAGAGGCCCAGGAGUGGUUACAGUCGGUCACAAUGAUGCAAACCGAGCUAGCCCACCUUUUAAAUAUGCGACGAGCAGCAAAUUCAUUCCAAGCACUCACGACAAAUCCAUCACCAACAGUCAAUGGCACCGACACCAAAACUCCAAGCUCGCCCAAAGUACAAACACAACCUAAAAGUGAUUGCACCCCGCCAAAUGAAAACGAAACGAUUCUUUUGCGGAGGGAUGAUCCUGAUUGGGUGGCUUUUUGUCAAUGGCGACAAGAACAACGGGGUUGAAAUGGACUCUUUUUUUUUUUGCAUGCAUGUCCACCAUUUUUUUUGUGUGUGUGUGUAUUGCUAUGGAUUUUUUUUUAUAUUUAUUGGAAUGAAUGAGUUGCU